AUGUGGGAUUGUGAAAUAGCUGAAUCUGUUGCCAAGUCAUCCGGAUCUAAAGAACGUAAAGAUGUCAAGGAUAAGGGAACUCGAGCCAAAAUAGCAGUCUCAUCACCCAAGACUGAAGAUGUGACUCUGUCAAUAGACCCUACAUCAAAUAAUCAGGAAGGGGGAACAGAAAAUACCAAGGCUGAUUCUCCUGAUACCGAAGUCUCCUCUGUUCAUGCUUCUACCUCAAAGAUCAAUCAGGGACCCUCGGCGGAUACGAAUAAUACCGAGGCUGCUUCGCCCAAUUCCGAAGGAUCCUCAGUCCAUGAUUCCACAUCAAAGAACGAUCAAGCUUCCUCAGCGGAUAUGAAUAAAACCAAUGCCGAAGUAUCAUCUGUCCAGGAUUCCAACUCAAGGAUCAAUCAUGGACCCUCAGUGGAUACGAAUCCACAACCCAACCAACGUGUCACCUCAAAUGAUGGAAGUGAAGAUCACAACCAUCAAACUAAUCAACAGCCGCAUACUCGAGAUGAAUCACCGCUCGCUUCACAGAGUGAGAUUCAGUCACCAAGAACAACAUGUGCUCAGAAAGUUUCUCAAGUCAACCAGACCGACAAUAUCAAGGAAUUGGCUCGUGGCACUCGCAAAUCCAAACGUGUGACCUCUCAAACUUCUGAUCGAGUAAGUACUUAG